AGUAUGGAGGAUGGUCAUCGUACUCGUAUCUUCUGCAAGUAUAUUAACCAAUUGCUUCCCUGUCUUUGCAGUGGCCUUUACACUCCCUCCUUUUACCUAUGGCAUGCUGAAGGGUUCUUGGUGUUCCUGGUAUUGCCCUGUAGUUGUGUGAGAGCGUUUAGAGUGGUGUCUUGGGGGAACUCUUGGAUUUAUGGUUGCCUGUGCAUGCAAAAACCUGGAUAUGCUGGCCUAGGAAGCCCCCUCCAGCUGUAUGCCUGUAUGAUCCUUUUCAUAAUUGUACCUAUCUCCCUCUUGAGAGCAGUUUGGUUUCUUCCCUCUGUUAUUUCUUCUGGAAGGUUGUUUUAGGACUUCAUUCCUCUGAGUUCAGAGAUCUGUAAAGGUCCAACCUUAAUGUAUUCAUGACCAGUUUGUAUCUUGUUGUUGUGCCACUACUGGGCUACUGGUGGACCAGGGAAUUUGGAGGACAUGGCUAGUGAUGGACCUGGCCUGCCAUUGAAUCUGGGGUGCCCUGGUGGACACGACCAUCAUCAGGGUUGGGGGUGAGUAAGGGCAGCCCUUAAUUGCUAUGUGGCCACUUUGCUUACCACCACUUCCACCAUGGUGAGCACCCGCCUGACCUGUGACCCCUUGCUGCCACCCCAUGCCAGAUCCAGAUCUGGAUUUAGCUCAGCACGAGAUAACUUGCCCUGGAGUGUUGCUGAAAGACAAAGGACCACUUUAUCUCAGUAUCUGUGUAUUUGGGCAGUACAAAAAGACUCGAUGUGUCCCUGCAGCAUUUCCACUCUUCUUUGAAGAGAAACUAGAAUUCGAAAAGGUAUUUACUGAUGUUGUUGAUCCUGGAGACCUUGUUGAGCUACUUGAACUUGACACUGCAGUACUUGAACUAAUACAACUUGUUCCUCCAGUUGGAGAAAUUCUAGCAACUUAUGAAGAAAAUACAAGAGAUUUCCUGUUUCCUGAUCCUAAGGUUACUCGUGGACACCAUGGUUCAGAUCGUGAGAUUUUAAUGAAGAGGUCCUUUAGCUUUACAGGAAUUGCACCAAAAUUGAGAUUUUCUACAAGCUCCCUUAUUACGGAAAGUGUGUUAAGUUCAGGAAGGAUUCACACACAGGAUCAUUUGGAUCGGGUGCAUCAUUCAACACCAAAUGGAAAAUUGCAAACAAGGUUACCAAAGAAAAACACCCUUUCACCUGAGAAAGGCAGGCAUAGCCCAGCAACAAAGAACUACGAGCAACCCACAAUAGCUUCUAAAUCACGAUCUCCAUCUCCAUACACAAAAAGACGAAUGUGUGAGCUAUCAGAAGAAGCCAGACAACGCCUGGCCCAUUUAAACCUCGGGCCUUUUGAAUUCAGAAGAGAAACUGAUAAACCACCAUUUGUAGUUAGACGUGUUGAACAUCCAAGUCCUUCUGGCAAUCUUCCUACCUGGUGUACCCCCAGAGAGAGUGCAAGAGAAGCCUGGUCCCGAGUAACCUGUGAUCCUUCUCUUCUUGGCAGCUACAGACCUAAGAAAACUAAAGUAAGGUCUUCUCAUGGGAAAGACCUUGAUGGCUUUUCUGACAGCUGUGAUGAGCACCUGACAUCGGGUACAGCUAGGCAGUUUCAUUUGACUAGUUCCUUAAUACGUUCCGCACCCUCCUCAUUGCAGAAACAUUCCUUAAGUUCUGUGCUAAACCGGUCUUCUCUUACGGAAAGAUUUAACUCUGACUGGUCUACACCUGCAAAUGGAGAAGAGAUCCAUAAAAGAGUGAAAAAUAUUUUAAGAACACACAGUGCUAGGCAAAAGCUGACUUUUGAUGAGAGUAACUCAUCAAAAGAAGGCUUGGAUAAGACAAAAGGAAACUCAUCUAGGGACUCAUGUAAAGACUCCUCAUUGGGCAGCAAUCUCCAGAGCAGUUCAUCCGUGCAGCAGAACACCACCGUUCACUUAGAUGAUGGUGAAUAUUGGUCCGGUCGAGCAGCUGACUAUAAAGGAAAACCUCACAGAGCUAUCUUUGAAGACAGCCUGGAGAAAAUAUACAGAAAUAUGUACAAAAAAGCUUCCAGCACUAUUUUGGAAAGAAAAUUACACUCCUGAUAGCAAUCCUACUGGAAGUGCAUAGUACAGAAGAUUAAUAUUUUUAAUGAAAAUUAUUUUUGCAUAACAAAUAUUUGUACUCCCAUUUUUUAAUGUGUAAUGUUCACUGGGAAGACCUGUUAUGGGCUAGUGGGGCCUUUGAACAGGAACCCC